CUCAGCGGACUGUGGUGUUUUCCUGCAGGUUAGCGCGGCUCUGCGGACUCUCUGCCGGGUCUCUGCUGGUUCUUUGUCUCUGCCGGGUCUCUGCCGGGUCUCUGCUGGUUCGCGGAGUCUCGGUUUCAUGUUGGACCAACUUGUUGAGAGUUUUUUCCACUUUGCUGAACCCGGCAGUGAGUCUGUGAGGGCACACACAGCGAGCAGGACUCUCCAGCUCCAGGAAAGGACUUUGCGUCGCCGUGGACUCCAGCUGCUGCCUGUGGAGCAGAACCUGCGGGUGUAGUCGCAGACAGAGAGGAGCAGCAGGAGGAGCAGCAGGAGGAGAAAGUUUCUGUCCUUCACUCGCGCUGCUGGAGGAGCCUGACGCCGCUGCAGGAUGUCGGACUCUGCGUCCAGUUUCCUUCACAUCGGGGACAUCGUGUCGCUGUACGCGGAGGGUUCAGUGAACGGCUUCAUCAGCACGCUGGGGUUGGUAGAUGACCGCUGUGUGGUCGAACCAGCUGCUGGAGAUUUGGAGAAUCCUCCAAAGAAGUUCAGAGAUUGCCUGUUUAAGGUGUGUCCCAUGAGCCGGUACUCGGCUCAGAAACAGUUCUGGAAAGCCAAACAAGCCAAACAUGAGAAGGACAAGAUCGCUGAUGUGGUUCUGCUGCAGAAACUACAGCAUGCGUCCAACCUGGAACAGAAACAGAACGAGACAGAAAACAAGAAAGUCCACGGAGACGUGGUCAAAUAUGGAACUGUCAUGCAGUUGCUCCAUAUGAAGAGUAAUAAAUACCUGACAGUGAACAAGCGUCUGCCGGCUCUGUUGGAGAAGAACGCCAUGCGGGUCACUCUGGACGGGACGGGGAACGAAGGCUCCUGGCUCUUCAUCCAGCCGUUCUGGAAGCUCCGCGCCAACGGAGACAAUGUGGUUGUGGGAGACAAAGUGAUCCUGAACCCGGUGAACGCUGGUCAGCCGCUUCACGCUUCAAACUACGAACUGACCGACCAUCCAGGCUGCAAAGAGGUGAACUCUGUGAACUGCAACACCAGCUGGAAGAUCAACCUGUUCAUGAUGUUCAGUGACCACAGAGAGGAAGUCCUCAAAGGAGGCGAUGUCGUGCGUUUGUUUCACGCCGAGCAGGAAAAGUUUCUGACCUGCGACGAGUACAAGAGCAAACUGCACGUUUUCCUCCGAACCACACUGAGACAGUCGGCAACAUCAGCAACCAGCUCCAACGCCCUGUGGGAGGUCGAGGUUGUCCAUCAUGACCCAUGUCGUGGGGGGGCGGGACACUGGAACAGUCUCUACCGCUUCAAACACCUGGCCACCGGGAACUACCUGGCUGCUGAGGAGAACCCAGGCUAUAAAGGAGACAACGCAGAGCCGUCAUCCUCAGUGGACAGUAGUCGUACCAACAAGCGUUACCACGGUGAGAGGAUUAAGUACAAGUUGGUGGCAGUGGCUCAUGGGAACGACAUCGCCUCGCUGUUCGAGCUUGACCCGACCACGCUGCAGAAGACCGACUCGUUCGUGCCACGAAACUCGUACGUACGACUGAGACAUCUGUGUACCAACACCUGGAUCCAGAGCACCAACGUCCCCAUCGAUAUAGACGAGGAGAGACCCAUCAGACUCAUGUUAGGAACGUGUCCCACUAAAGAGGAUAAGGAGGCGUUCGCCAUCGUCUCUGUUCCUGUGAUGGAGAUCAGAGAUCUGGACUUUGCCAAUGAUGCCAGCGCCAUGUUGAGCACCGUGGUGGACCAGUUCAGCCAGGGCUUCAUCAGCCAGAACGACCGCCGGUUUGCCAUCAAGCUGCUUGAGGACGUGGUUUUCUUUGUGGCUGAUGUCAUCAAUAGCGGUCAGCCAGUCUUGGAUGUAGCUAUGACCAAAGCCAACCGAGAGAGACAGAAACUGAUGAGAGAACAGAACAUCCUCAAACAGAUCUUUGGCAUCCUGAAGGCUCCCUUUAAGGAACGGGGUGGAGGGGAGGGUCCUCUGCUGCGUCUGGAGGAGCUGGCGGACCAGAAGAACUCUCCCUACCAGUACAUGUUCAGACUCUGUUACAGAGUCCUCCGGCACUCCCAGGAAGACUACCGCAAGAACCAGGAGCAUAUAGCAAAGCAGUUUGGUGUGAUGCAGAGUCAGAUUGGUUAUGACAUCCUGGCUGAGGACACCAUCACUGCCCUGCUGCACAACAACCGGAAAUUGCUGGAGAAACACAUCACCAAGACUGAAGUGGAGACCUUUGUCAGUCUGGUCCGCAAGAACCGAGAGCCCAGGUUUCUGGACUACCUGUCAGACCUGUGUGUGUCCAACAAUGUGGCCAUUCCCGUCACUCAGGAGCUCAUCUGUAAAUGUGUGCUGGACCCUAAAAACCAGGACAUCCUCAUAAAGACAGAACGACGUGUUCCCAGAGAAGCCCCCCCUGGUGGUGUUCAGGGAGAAUACAUGGGCAUGGAUGACUAUGGAGAUGAGGAUGAGGUGUGGCUGGUGUGGACAGACAAGACCAAUGAGAGACAAGAGAAGAGCAUCAGACAACUGGCUCAGGAGGCAAGACAAGGAAACGCUCACGAUGAGAACGUCCUAACCUACUACCGGUAUCAGCUGAAACUCUUUGCGCGAAUGUGUUUGGAUCGUCAGUAUCUGGCCAUAGACGAGAUCUCCAAGCAGUUGGACAUUGAGCUCAUCUUUCUCUGUAUGAUGGACGAGACACUGCCAUUUGACCUCCGGGCCUCCUUCUGUCGCCUCAUGCUCCAUGCUCAUGUAGACCGAGACCCACAGGAGCUGGUGACGCCGGUGAAGUUUGCUCGCCUCUGGACUGAGAUCCCCACCUCCAUCACCAUCAAAGAUUAUGAUUCCAACAUGGAUGACAGCAGAGACAACAAAAAGAACCGUUUCUCCAACACAAUGGUGUUUAUGGAGGAGUAUCUCAACAAUGUCCUGAACGAUGAACUGCCGUUCCACAAUGAAGAGAAAAACAAACUCACGUAUGAGGUGGUGAGUUUGGCCAGGCAUUUGAUUUACUUUGGUUUCUACAGUUUCUUUGAGCUGCUCAGACUCACCAGAACCCUGUUAGGCAUCAUUGACUGUCGACCCAAUCCUGGAUACACUGGGCUCUUAUUCCAUGAUGAUGGAUCAGGGAAGAAUGUGAAACGCUCCAUACAUGGAAUGGGUCAGAUGAUGUCCACCAUGGUCCUUAAUAGGAAGCAGUCCAUAUUUGGAGGUCCAGGAGCCAGAGGGGCAGGGCUGGGUGCGGGGCUUGUGCUUGACGGACAGAGGGGUAGUAAAGAUAGUAUCGACAAGAUGGACCUAACAGUGAUGGACACCAAGCUGAAGAUACUGGAGAUAUUACAGUUCAUCCUGAACGUUCGUCUCGACUACCGCCUCUCCUUCCUGCUCUCUGUGUUUAAGAAGGAGUUUGUGGAUGUUUAUCCCAUGGCUGACGCCGACGCCACCACUAAUUUGGAGCAUGCAGCCACCAUCAACCUGCAGCACAUUGGCGAGCAGGCAGAGGCUAUGUUUGGAGUCGGUAAGGGGAACAGUAUCCUAGAGGUGGAUGAUGAAGGCGGUCGUAUGUUCCUACGGGUGCUGACCCACCUCACCAUGCAUGACUACCCUCCUCUGGUUUCUGGAGCCCUGCAGCUGCUCUUCAGACACUUCAGCCAGAGACAGGAAGUGCUGCACACCUUCAAACAGGUCCAGUUGCUGAUCUCGGCUCAGGAUGUGGAGAACUACAAGCUGAUCAAGGCAGAUCUGGAUCGCCUCCGAACAUUGGUGGAGAAAUCUGAACUGUGGGUGGAGAAGAAGAGCUCAGGUGGAGGGGACGGGAAGAAAGACAAGAAAGACAAGAAGGACAAAUUAGAGGGGGCUUCAGAGGACGUGACACCCAAGAAGGAGAAACUGGAGAAGGGCAACGAGAACUACCAGAAAGUCAAAGAGAUCCUGGAGAGGUUGAAUAAGAUGUGCAGCAGUGGAGUUUGGAAGAAGCAGCAGAGGUUGUUGAAGAACAUGGGAGCUCAUAAAGUCAUGCUGGACCUGCUGCAGGUGUCCUACGACCAGAAUGACGUGAAGAUGCAGGAGAUCAUCAGGUACACUCAUCUGUUCCUACAGAAGUUCUGUAUGGGGAACCAGGAGAACCAGGCUCUGCUGCACAAGAACCUCAAUCUGUUCCUCAACCCUGGGCUGCUGGAGGCCGAGACGGUGCAGCACAUCUUCAGCAACAACUACCAGCUGUGCAGCGAGAUCUCAGAGAGCGUCCUGCAGCACUUCAUCCACUGCCUGGCCACGCACGGCCGCCACGUCCAGUACCUCAACUUCCUCCACACCAUCAUCAAGGCCGAGGGCAAGUACGUCAAGAAGUGUCAGGACAUGAUCAUGACUGAGUUAACCAACGCUGGCGAGGACGUCGUCGUCUUUUACAACGACAAGACCUCCUUCAACGUCAUGCUGGAGUUAAUGGCAGAGAGCAGGGAGGGCGUCGGCGAGAGCAGCCCGCUCAGGUAUCACAUCUCUCUGGUGGAGCUGUUAGCAGCCUGCGCUGAGGGCAAGAACGUUUACACUGAGAUCAAAUGUACCUCGCUGCUGCCUCUGGAGGACGUGGUCCGAGUGGUGACCCACGAGGACUGCAUCACUGAGGUGAAAGUGGCCUAUGUGAACUUUGUGAAUCACUGUUACGUGGACACGGAGGUGGAGAUGAAGGAAAUCUACACGUCGAACCACAUCUGGAAGCUGUUUGAAGACUUCACAGUGGACAUGGCGAGGGUUUGUAAUAAACGAGAGAAGCGUCUUUCUGAUCCCAUCUUGGAGAAAUACAUCAUCAACGUGGUCUUUGACACCAUCAACGCCUUCUUCAGCUCCCCUUUCUCUGAAAACAGCACCUCUCUGCAGACUCAUCACACCAUCGUGACUCAUCUGCUUCAGUCCUCCGUCAGACUGCUGGACUGUCCCUGGCUGCAGCAGCAGCACCGCGGACAGGUGGAGACCUGCAUCAAGACCCUCGCUAUGACAGCUAAGAGCCGGUCUAUCGCUCUUCCUCUGGACCUGGAGGCUCAGAUCAGCUCCAUGUUGUCCACCUCUGCGCUCAACUCCCUGUCCCGCAGCAACCCGAACUACAAGUCCUCCUCCCGUUCCUCCAGACCCAUCGCUCCCAGCAACCCCUGGGACUACAAGAACAUCAUCGAGAAACUGCAGGACAUCAUCAACACUCUGGAGGAGCGUCUGAAGCCGCUGGUGAACGCUGAGCUCUCGGUGUUGGUGGACGUCCUCCACCAGCCGGAGCUGCUGUUUCUGGAAGGAACCGACGCCCGACAGCGCUGCGAGUCCGGAGGAUUCAUCUCCAAGCUGAUCCAGCACACGAAGGCUUUGAUGUCCACCGAGGAGAAGUUGUGUAUCAAAGUCCUGAGAACUCUGCAGGAGAUGCUGAUCAGGACUCUGGACUUUGAUGAAAAGGGAAUUUCACUGCGGAAGGUUUUGCUGCAGAACUACUUGUACCCAAACAAGAAGAACAACGCGAAGAACGACCUGGCUGAGCUCGGAGCUGCAGGCGGCGAGCAGGAGCGGGACUGGGCAGCGGUGGCGGCGGUUCAGUGUCGUCUGGACAGAGAAGGAGGAACAAAGCUGUUCACUGAUCUGGUGAUGAGCACCAAGAAUGACAAGAUCUUCCAGGAGAGCAUCCAGCUGGCCAUCUGUCUGCUGGAGGGAGGAAACACUGAGAUCCAGAACUCUUUCUACAAACUGAUGAUGGGCGACAACAAGUCAGAGAAGUUCUUUAAGGUUCUUCAUGACCGGAUGAAAGAAGCUCAGACCGACAUUAAAGCCACAGUGUCUGUUAAUGUCGGAGAGAUGACGCACAAGGCCAACGAGAAGGAGCUGGAGAACGGUGGCUCUUCAGCAUUAGUGCUUCCUGGUACAGGAAGUCACCCGAUGUUGGUCCAGGGCCAGUCCAUCGCCCCGGUAACGGGCGCCUCCGCCCUGCCGGUUCAGCCAGUGGCAGAGCAGAGGGAGGUGGACAUGGAGAUGGGACCAGCUGUCACCAUCAUGAAGCCGAUUCUGAGGUUCCUACAGCUGCUCUGUGAGAACCACAACCAGGACCUCCAGAACUUCCUGCGUUGCCAGAACAAUAAGACCAACUACAACCUGGUGUGUGAGACUCUUCAGUUCCUGGACAUCAUGUGUGGAAGCACCACUGGAGGUCUGGGCCUGCUGGGCCUCUACAUCAACGAAUCAAACGUCCACCUGAUCACUCAGACCCUGGAGACCCUCACAGAGUACUGCCAGGGCCCCUGCCAGGAGAACCAGACGUGUAUCGUGACCCACGAGUCCAACGGCAUCGACAUCAUCACAGCUCUGAUCCUGAACGACAUCAGUCCUCUGUGUCGGUAUCAGAUGGAGAUGGUUCUCCAGCUGAAGGACAACGCCUCCAAGCUGCUGUUGGCACUGAUGGAGAGUCGGCAUGACAGCGAGAACGCAGAGAGGAUCCUGUUCAACCUCCGACCACGAGAGCUGGUGGAAGUGAUAAAGAAGGCCUACCAACAGGAAAGUGAGUGUGAGGAGGUGGAGGUCUCUCCCCGUGAGGUGGGACACAACAUCUACAUCCUGGCUCAGCAGCUGGCCAGACACAACAAGGUCCUGCAGAACCUCCUGAAACCACCAAAGAAGAGUAAAGAGGGAGACGAGGGAAUCUCCUCCAUGUUGAACCUGAACAACCGUCCUCUGUCCCAGAUGUUGAAGUCUUCAGCUCCAGCUGCUGUAGUGGAACAGGACCCACUGGAGUACUACGACCAGCUGACCUCACAGAUAGAGAUAGUUCGUGAGGACCGCAGCAUGGAGCAGAUUGUGUUUCCUGUUCAUCCCAUCUGUGAGUUUCUGACCGAGGAGUCAAAGUUCAGAGUCUUCAACACCACCGAGCAGGACGAGCAGGGGUCAAAGGUCACGCACUUCUUCGAACAGACCUCCUUCCUGCACGGAGAGAUGGAGUGGCAGAAGAAGCUGAGGAGUAUGCCGGUGUUGUACUGGUUCUCCAGGCGGAUGUCUCUGUGGGGAACCAUCUCCUUCAACCUCGCCGUCUUCAUCAACCUCAUCAUCGCCUUCUUCUACCCCUACGCCUCAGGACAAGUGGGAGCCAUCGAUGACUCCCUGUUGUUGAUGCUGUUCUGGAUCCUGACCGGUCUCUCCGUGCUGGGUCUGUUCUCUCAGCGUUACGGCCUCCAGCCUCUGACCGUCGCUCUGAUACUCAGAUCCAUCUACCACCUGGGCAUCGGCAACACGCUCAUACUGCUGGGAUCGCUCAAUCUCAUCAACAAGGUGGUGUUUGUCGUGAGCUUCGUGGGCAACAACGGGACGUUUAUUAUGGGAUACAAGGCCAUGGUGAUGGAUGUGGAGUUCCUGUACCACCUGGCCUACGUCCUGACCUCCACCCUGGGACUGUUCGUCCACGAGCUCUUCUACAGCAUCCUGCUGUUUGACCUCAUCUACCGGGAGGAGACUCUGUUCAACGUGAUUAAGAGCGUCACUCGGAACGGUCGCUCCAUCCUGCUGACGGCGCUGCUCGCUCUCAUCCUCGUCUACCUCUUCUCCAUCGUCGGCUUCCUCUGCCUGAAGGAGGAUUUCAUCAUGGAGGUCGACCCGCUGCCGCAGAUCGCCGCAGCUCCUCCGCAGAGUGAAGCCUCUCAGGAUUUCCUCAAGUCGUGCUCUGCAGACGGAGUCAGCUGCACGGCGGCGAGCGACGCCGCCACCGAGGAGGAAGAGGAGGACAACGCUGAGCGAGCUUGCGACACCCUGCUGAUGUGCAUCGUUACUGUGCUGAAUCACGGACUGAGGAACGGAGGAGGAGUCGGAGACGUUCUCCGCAAGCCGUCCAAGAACGAGCCGCUGUUUCCAGCCCGGGUGGUGUACGACCUGUUGUUCUACUUCAUCGUCAUCAUCAUCGUCCUCAACCUGAUCUUCGGCGUCAUCAUCGACACGUUUGCCGACCUGAGGAGUGAGAAACAGAAGAAAGAGGAGAUACUGAAGACCACGUGUUUUAUCUGCGGUCUGGAGAGAGACAAGUUUGACAAUAAGACGGUGUCGUUCGAAGAGCACAUCAAACUGGAGCACAACAUCUGGAACUACCUGUACUUCAUUGUUCUGGUGCGCGAGAAGAACAAGACGGACUACACGGGACCCGAGAGCUACGUGGCUCACAUGAUCAAGAACAACAACUUGGACUGGUUUCCACGGAUGCAGGCGAUGUCUCUGGUGGUAACCGACGGCGACGGGGAGCAGAACGAGAUGAGGAUGUUACAGGACAAACUGGCAGCGACGAUGAAGGUGGUGACGACGCUGACCACUCAGCUGACGGAGCUGAAAGAGCAGAUGACCGAGCAGAGGAAGAGGAGGCAGAGGAUGGGAUUUGUUGACGUCCAGGCAGGAGCGAGUGCUGCGCUGCCGCCCAGCGCCGCAGGAGGAAACCACCAGAUCUACAAAACAUAAAGAGACAGCUGAUUAUCAGACAUGUGACACACAUCUGGAAACCUACAGCUGGACUGAUGGACCGCCCCAAAGGAGAAAAACACUAGAAUAUAUAAACAGAAACCUGAUAUGUCUCUCACUGAAAGCACAAGAAAGAUUUAUUAUUUUACUUUCUAUGUCUGGCUGAUGAUUCACUGACGGACACAGUGGCCACUAUCACUGUAUACACUUAAAAGACAUGUUGAUAGCAUCUCAGCUAAGCUAAGUGUGGUUCAUCUUUUGAUUCACUGAAAUGAACAAAUAUUCAACAUUGUAGAUUAAAUGUCUGAUGUCACUUUCUGAAUGCUUCAGGUCCAGAUGUGGCUGUUUGAAGCAGGAAUGACCAUGUGAUUGAUUUUGCGUUGAGCCAACGUCAGCUUGUAUUUUUAGUAGAAGCUAUCAUUAGCAGCAGAUAUUAUCGGAUGUAUUUUCUGGUUGACGCUUUGUUCGGAUUAGCUGAACUACUUUCAAGCCACAUUUUCACCCUGACUCAGAUCACAGAAGGAGUUUGGACCAGUUCAGUCCAGAUUCCUCCCUCUAAAAGGGUUGGCAAAGGAUUCUGGUCCCUGGCACCUUAGUUUCUGCACAGACAGAAUUUGAACACUUUAUUAUUGAUAAAUUUUGUUCCAAGAUGAAGCAGAACUGAAAUUGGAGAUUUGUGAUGCAGCCAUGAAGCCUCGACAGAGUCCAGCAAUCAUGGGUUUUUGUGGAUCCGCCUGGAAGUCACUGAUACUCCAAGUUCCCACGACAGAUUACCAAGACAUUCUGCCUUAGGCCUUUAUAUUGACAAAUACUUGAGAGAAUUUCCAAAAAUCAGCAUCAUUAUUGGCACAAAUACUCAAAAUUGCAGCUGAAUUUGGAUUAAUUUUGAUUAACUGAUGUAAUUUAUGGUUUAGAAUAAACAGCCCAAGUGUUUUGGGUUUUAGUGAAAAAACAAAUGUUACACAAAUUGAAAAUGGCUGCAGAGAAAACCGAAGAAUCACAGACUUUCUGGAGGACUGCAAGAUUUUACUUUGUUCAGUGUCAUAGAAAAAUGCUAAAAUGUGAGUGUGUAUAAGUGAGUGUAUGUUCAGAGAAUAACCAGGCAUCAACACACUUUAUUUCAUCAUUUUAAGAGAAUGUACAUAGAGACUGACAUGCAGCAUUUCUUUGCUGAUGAUAGAAUUAAAUAUUUCAGUAAUAUCUUUGGUUGAAUGUAAAGUGAGUUGAACCCAGUGUGGUUUUUUCUUUGUAAAUCUGGGGAAUUGUAGUUUUACGUGAUAUGUAUUAUUAUUAUUAUUAUUAUUAAGGUUUAACAGUGACAUAUUUAAGAAGAGAGCAGCUGCUGUUUGUUUUUAACACUGUAACUAGCUCAGUACAUACACUGGAUUAUAAGUGAACUGCUUUUAGCAAAGUUUGUGAACAGGUAUUUACAUCUUUUCCAGACGGGUACACACAGAGUGGGGAGGAGGACAAUGUAAUGAAGACCACGCAUCUUCAAAAUAAAAUAAA